CCUCAAACAUCUGAGGAAUAAGCAGCACCAGGCUCUCACAUAUCCUUCUGACCAAGCAGAUAUCAUGGAAAAGGGCCAGGGACCUCCUCCAGAACCGGUACCGCCGUAUCCUGGUCCCCCUGUGGACUACAAUGUGGGAGUCUACCAAGCUCAGCCUGGCAUCCAGCCCAUUAAUCAACCCGCCUACCUGUACAGCCCACAACAACCUCAACCUGUGACCCAGGUGGUGGUGGUGCAACACCUGCCAACUGAUGCUCCUGGACAGAUGAUGUGUCCUCACUGCCAAAGCACAGUAGUCACUAAAACUGAGCACAAAAAUGGUUUGCUCACCUGGCUGAUUUGUGGCGGACUGGGAAUCAUCGGCUGCUGGCCUUGCUGUCUCAUACCAUUCUGUGUGGAUGACUGCAAAGAUGUGGAGCAUGCCUGCCCCACCUGUAACAACGUCCUGCACAUUCAUAAACGCAUGUGAAACAGCACUGCAGUGUCAACACAGCUGAAGUGGCAACAAAAGGUGCAGGAGUCAACCGUGACUAAAUAAACAUCUGGACAGGAGCCAAACCCUGUUAUACAAACACAACGG